AAGCGUUACACUUUGGAAGUCUUUGCCUCGAUAAUAAUUGUAGUUAUAUUUACCAUGAAACAGUUCGGAGAAUUAGUUCAAGGGAAUGUUAUACCUGUGUGCGUGUAUCUACGUAACCGAAUAGCAAUAGUUAUCGAUAUAGAAAAUGUGGAUACUGUAACAUCCGAACAAAUAUGUGAGAAGAUUACAAACUGCGAAGAGCUAGGAUUGAAUCAACAAUUAUGCUCCAAUGUAUUUUCAUUAUGGAUGAUAAGCCCAUUAUUAGAAUUACAACUUAAACCAACAGACAAACCGUAUAAUUUGAGAAAAUCUUGGAGAUAUUUCUUGGAGCAAUACAGUCAUACGUCAUACAAUAAACAAAUCAGAGAUGAACCUCGAUUGGUCUUCCAGAGAAAUGUGUUUUUCUCACCUUACCUCGAAGAAAAAAUUAAGGAUCACAAACUGAUUGAGUUACUGUACGAAGAGGCACAAUAUAACAUUUUACAAGGAAGAUAUCCCUGCGAAGAAAUGCAUUAUAUCAUGCUAGGGAGUAUACAAGCCCGAAUUGAAUUAGGGCCGUACAACCCGCAACAACAUUCUAUACGUUUCUUUAGACAACAAGUUAAAUUCAUUCCGAUGCAUAUUAGAAAAAGUUGGACAUGGAAAUGGUUACCGAUAAGUUCGAAAAAUUCCAUCGAAGUCAAAUUAUUGGAACAGUUUAAAAGAAUUCCUAACGUCACCACUAACCGAAAAUUAAUGAGAAAAUAUUUGGAAUUUUGUUGGUCUUUGCCAUUUUACGGAUCGGCGUUUUUUGAAGGUCAAAUAGAGCAACCUGUAACCGGUUUGAUUUCGUUAAUGACCCAUCAAGACCAACCGGUAUUAGUAGGAAUAAAUUCCAAAGGUCUUUAUAUAAUUGACGAUAUAAAAUGUGUAUUAUUACUGGGUUUAAAAUUUGAGGAGUUUAGUUGGGAAUAUGCCAGACCUUCCAAAGAAGACGAUUUGAAUUGCCUGCCGUGUAUAUUUAUUCAAUUUACAAUAAUAGAAAAUGGUACGUCGGUAUCAAAAAUUUUACAAAUUUUUUCGAGACAAGCUAGUUUGAUGGAUGCAUUAAUAACUACAUUUAACGAACAAUUCAAGUUAAAAAUACCCGAUGAAGUGAAUAAACCUUUGGAACAAUUACACAUGGAAAAAGAUUCACAUUCGUCUUUUAUAAUGUAUCCUUCAAAUUUGCCAUGGCUGAAUAAUAAAUUAAACAAAUUAACUCUUGCUACGUUCGACGAGGAGGGCAGAUGUAUCGGCCAAAUGGGUUCAUGGACUCUCAGUUAUUAACUGAUUCUCGAUGAUUUAUUAGUUUUUGAAACUACAUUGCUGGCAACGUACUUUGAAAAUUGGUUAAUCCGUAUCGAAGAAAAGCCAAUCGGAUAUGAAGAUAAAACUAAGGGAAAUAUUGCGUUUGAGUUCAGUUUAAAUGUCAAAAUUUCAGAGUAUUUUAAAUAAAUCAAUUCCUAUAUUAAAUGUGCAAUUUAAUGAU